AUGGCAGAAGGAGGAUAUAAUAUUCAAUCGCAUAAUAAUUAUCCUGAUCGAAUGCAACAAUCGCAACAAGGUGGAUCAGUUAGUGAAGAAGAAUUAGCAACUAAAACACUUCAUAUACAAUCGAAACGUUUUUAUUUGGAUGUUAAACAAAAUCGACGUGGUCGAUUUAUAAAAAUUGCUGAAGUUAGCGCUGGUGGUCGAAAAAGUCGUAUAUUAAUGUCUAUGAGUGUUGCAAAUGAAUUUCGUGAUCAAUUAGGUGCAUUUGAUCAAUUUAUUCGUACAUUAGGCGAACAUAAUCCAAAUAAUCAACAACCUACAGAAGAUGGUUGUUUACGUUCAGCACUUAUAACACGUGAUGAUCGAAAAUAUUAUCUUGAUUUAAAAGAAAAUGAACGUGGACGAUUUUUACGUAUUUCAAUGGUUGGUAUGAAUGCUCCGCGUACACAAAUCGCAUUACCUGUACAAGGUGUACAAGAAAUACGUGAUGCAUUAAAUACUUUACUUGAAGAAUUUGGAAAUGAAGAUGAUAGAGAUAGUAUCGAGUCACUACCAGCAAUAGAACCAGCUGAAAUACCUGACAGUAAAUUUGUUCAUGUUGGAAAUAAAAACUUUUAUUUUGAUAUUGGUUCAAAUAAUCGUGGCGUCUUUUUACGUAUAUCCGAAGUUCGUGCAAAUUUUCGAACAGCUGUAACAAUACCAGAAAAGGCAUGGCCUCGUUUUCGCGAUAAUAUUAAUGAUUUUAUGCUUGCAAUGGAAAAAGAACGUAAUAAUAUAUCAUCAACAGUCGAUAAUUCCCGGUCAACUUCUGGUAAUGAAGAUAAACCACCAAUAACGCCAAGCGAUAUUGGUGAAAAUAAAAAUUAA